GUAAAUUAAAAACAUAACAUAUAGGAACGGAACAGUUUGCUGAAAAUGUCUGUGUUUGAGUUGCAAGAAAAAGUGAAGACUAAAACAGUAAACGCAUGUACCGUUGCGCCUAUGAUCUUUGCGCUAAGCGACACAAGCAACAACAACAAAUGUGAUACAACAAAAACAACAGAAAAACAGCACAACACCUCAGCGCCAACCACAGGCAGCUCGGUUGCGCCACAACCGGCGUCUCCCGACAUCGUGCAACAAGUGUGCGGCAACUUCGGUCACUGGCAGCUGCGCACCAUACUGCUGAUCUUUCUUUGCAAAAUACCCUCCGCCUGGUUCAUGGCUUGCAUUAUCUACACCGCGCCCACACCGAAGAAGGGCGACUACUAUUGUCGUCCGCCGGCGCUUAUGAAUCUCAGCCGAGGCUCAUUGACGGCCGACACGCCCGCCUGGGUGCGCAUGUCACAUCCGGUGUCGGACGAACGCGACACCGAUCGCCGCUUCUAUUUGGAUGCGUGCAAUAUUUACGAGGAGCAAUUGCAACGGGAUUUCAUUGCCAAUCAUGCCAACUAUACGAAUCCGUUCGAGCAGCCCGAUGUGGUGCGCCAGGCGAAUGGUUCGUUGAAGUUCAAGGUGAAUGUGUUGCCUUGCGAGCAUUUCGAGCAUAACUCCGAUUACAAAUCGUUGGUGUCGCAGUUUGAUUUGGUGUGUUCGCGUCAGUUGUUGAUAUCGAUGACGCAGUCAUUUCAUGGUUUGGGCGCCUUCAUCGGUGGGCUGGUGGCACGUCACGCGCUAAAACAUGUGAGUCCUCGGCGCCUAAUGCUUGUCGGCAUGUUUUUCCAAGUCUUCUGUGGCUGCAUUACUGGCUUGGUGACAAAUUUCCAACUACACAUUUAUUUCCGCUGCUUAACCUCCAUCGCCUGUACCGUUAUCAUGUCUGCUGGCCAGGUUAUAUUAAUGGACAUUACAGACGGGCGUGCGAAAACCAUCGUCACCACGCUUUCUGAGUUAUUCUGGGGCAUUGGACUUAUACUGCUGCCGGGCAUAUCAAUAUUUUUCGAUAGCUGGAGUUAUUUGUAUGUGGCCAUAUCGGCUUCGGUGCUUAUUUUGAUUUUUGUGCAUAGAUGGAUAGCCGAUUCGCCACGCUGGCUGCUAGGUUGCGACAAAUUAGAUCAAGCGCUCGAACAGUUACUAAAUUCGGCCACACUUAACCAUCGAUCCAUACCACUAGAUCUAGAGGAAAAGUUGGCGCAUCAAGCGAAGCACUUACAACAAGAAGCAACGAGUGCGCCACGCUAUUGGUCCAUAUGGGAUAAGACCACCGAACGUCAGUAUAUCUGCUGCGUGCAUGUCGCGUGGGUUGGGGUUAUUAUACUGCAUAACGUCACGCUGCUGAUGAUUCGAACCAUGGGCACGGAGUAUAUACAUGUCAACACCGUGUGCUUGGGUCUUUCUGAGGUGCUCGGCAUCUUUAUUGGUCUCUAUUUGAUACUCUACACCAGACGUCGUUGGCUUUGGUGCGGUCAGCUGUUGACCUUAGCGGGCGCCGUUACAUUUCUAAUAUGGACCGUGCCGAAUACGUUAAAACCAAGUCGACGUGUCGGUUUCGAAAUGAUCUUCUGGAUGUUUUUGAAGUUCGCAACUGCCGUUACUUUCGCCGUGCUUGCUACGUGUACCGGUGAAAUCGUUUCGUCCGAAAAACGUCCCACUUUGAUGUACUCUGUGGUGACGCACAGUCGCUUUUGGCUAAUCUUUGGUCCAUCUAUAGCGGUUACAAUUCAAUUUCACAACUUAAUCCCCAUCACAGUGUUAGCCUCUUUGGCAGUCGUUACGGGGGUACUGCUUUGCUUGCUCAAUCGUGCCUUCUGGAAUAUGGAAAAACCGCGCGUGGCUAAAGUGCUCACGCCGAAGACAUAUCGACGCAAUUCUUCGGCUGAGCUUUUGCGACGUAGUUCACUUGGUGCGAAAUCUGAAUUUUACGACAAUUCUUUAACGAUAAGCAUAUCUGAUCUAUGGUUGGUAAAUUCGCAAUUCAAAGCCAUAACGGAACACGAAGUUGCAGCUGCGCCGAGGGAGAAGUAUGAGAGAGAAAGGGAAAAUGAGAAGCGAAUAUCCGAAGAGCAUUUGUAAGCAAAUUUCCAUGCACACAUUUGUACGUGUGUUCGGGUGUUCCCUUUACAUAGCUAAACAAUUUUUCAAUCGAAUUUCCUAAUAUCAAAUCCAUGCUACUACUGUCUUCUUCUUAUUUUCUGGCGUAAACACCGCUUUUAC